AUAUAAAGUUUAAGAGGAGUAUAAUAUUUAAUUUAAAAACCUAUGACUCACUGAGUAAGUUCAUGUCUAAUUGUUGCACUAUGUUAUCCAGUCCCGGCAUAUGUAAUUUUUGAUUUAAAUUAAAAUGUCAUUAUAUAUUAUACCUGUCCAGAAGUUUAAUGUCCAGCGUACAGUUAAUUUGGUCAAAUUAACAUGAUGAUUGUAAACUCUUGUCACUGACAGUAGAAUCACACCCUCAAUGUUGCAAACAUUUUUGUCCAUUGCAGUUGGUGACCGGUUCCCAACGUGUAAAAAAAGAAUCAAUCAUCCAACACCGAAAAUCCCAAGGCCAUGCGAGGGCAGUCGGUGCAAGGACAGCCCAGAAUAUGUGUAAGAAAAAAGAACCAGCACCUCUUGAAAAGGGUUUCCAGAAAGUGGAUGAGCAGGUGAUGGAGAAAAUGGACAAAUUGUUUCGAUCUGCAUAUUACCUUGUACAGAAAGAACGACCAUUUAGUGAUUUCAAAGAUAUUUUGGAACUGCAGACAUUAAAUGGUUUGAGUAUUGGGGAAACAUAUUUCAACAACAAGGCAGCCAAAGAAUUUGUUGGAGAAAUAGCUGGCUUUUAUUAUACUGAACUUAAAGAACUGCUGCAAAAAGCUGAUUAUUUCAGCAUUUUCUGUGAUGGCUCAACUGACAAUUCUGAGGUUGAAAAGGAACUCAUAAUGGUGAAGGUUUUGGUUGACUUUUAUCCUAGGAUGAAGUUUCUUAAACUAGCCCAGCCAGCCAAUACAAAAGCUCAAGGAGUACUUGAUGCAAUUGACAAAGCGUUUGAAGAGAUUGGUCUCCAGGACUAUAAACAGAAAUUGGUUGGAUUUUGUUCAGAUGGCGCCAAUGUCAUGAUGGGAAAGAAAAAGGGGGUCAUUAGUCUGCUGAAGGAACAAGGUAACGCAGACUGGGUUUUGUCAGUAUGGUGUUUAGCGCAUCGACUGGAACUGGCCAUCAAGGACGCAUUUAAGCAAACCUACAUGGACACAGUAGUUGAUGUCUUACAACUGAUCUUCUACUUCUACAGAGGCUCUGCAAAACGCAAUAAGGAGGCACAUGACAUUGCUGACAUGAUGGAAGACCAUUUCUACAAACCUGCCAAAGCUAACGGAACAAGAUGGGUUGAACACAAGUUGAUGGCUGUUGCAAAGUUGAAAAGCAAUUGGAAAGUGAUCGUCAUGCACAUCAUGAAUUAUGCGGAGGACAAUACAAACAGAGGGGAAGAUCGAGCCAAGGCCAAGGGUAUCAUUGCAAAAUUGCUACAGUACAAGUUUGUAUGGUAUAUGUACUUCAUUAAGGAUGUACUCUUGGAAAUUACCAGAAUCAGUCUGUUAUUUCAGCGUGAGGACAUUACCGUUACAAGUGCAGUCACGAAAGUGCAAAGUGCCCAACUGUCUCUUAGAGAUAUGAUCAACAACCCUGGUCCAACUCUACGUGAAUUUGACCAGGAUGUGGUUGGAGACCAACACAAGGACCAUACACUUCGCAAUGUUGUGGCUCAGGAUUGCCUGAAAAAGCAAAAAGGGACCAUACUUCAGGACAUCUUGGACUGCAUCCAAAGAAGGAUGGAAAACUUGAUAAGUGAAGAUCCUGUGUAUGAGUUGCAAUGCCCUUGACUACAAGAACUGGCCAGAUGUCAAUGAUGGAACAGCUCUUCAUCAGUAUGGAGUUGAAGACAUACACGUCAUUGCAGACCACUUCCACACACUGCUCGCAGCAGCAGGAUAUGAUCCCAUAGC